UGGCCAUGUGAGGCGCCAAUUACUCCGCUGAAAUUAUUAGCAAGUGUGUUUGCUGCCUCUCCUGUUCAACCCUAGUGCCUCAGUGCCUCUUUGGAGUUUCCCCCCUCACCAUCUUAACACACUGGCCUUCACCAUGCUCACGGAAUCUACUUUGGACAAAUAGAUUUUUUUUGCACUCGAUUAACAAGGUUCCACCUGAGGAUUGUAUGGGGGGGUUAACAAACCGGGCAGCAUUAACAUCAACCAGGUGGAACCGGUACAACUGGACUGGACGAGAUCAGCUGAGGCUUCCACAAGCAGUCACACUAUGACUAAUAAAACUGAAGCAUCUGGAGCAGGGCACAUCAACAUGGAAGUCCGAAAUCAGGAAGUCGUGAACUUGACACCUCCUCGGGUGAUGAACCACGGCUUUGUGGGGGUCUUCAAACGUCCUGUGCAGUGGAUGAUCAUCAUUACGCUUCUAAUCUCCUGGUCUGCAGCUGGAAUUUUUAUGUUUGACUUUGUCUCUGAUGACCAGCUGACAAAUCUACAGCACAUAAGUUCAGAUCCCAUGGCAGCUGUGAACGAAGCUGUCGAGGGCUUUACAGGCAAAAUGAGCCGCUUAAAUGACAUUUUUAGUAAUGCACAUGACUACGUUGAUACUGUAAUCACCAAUCCAAUGGGUGCCAUUAAUCAGUGGGCUGAUGCUUCGACGUCGUUUCUCUUACAUGAGACUAAAGGAGUCACUUCAUAUCUUAAACCCGGCAGUGAUGUAUUAGAUGAAAUGAACGACUGGGUUAGAAGCCUGGUUGUAUAUUUAUUCCACAUGUUUGAAGAUCUGUUGGAAGUGGUGAUUUUCAAUCCUCUGGAAAUGGUUGCUGGAGCAGUCGCAAAGAUUUUAGACCUAGUCAAGGUCGUCCUGAGGUCUUUCACAGGAAUGUUUAAGAGUGCUGAAGUUUGGAUUCCUAAAACCAGCACAAGUCCUAUGGAAUUAGCCAGCGAUGUUCUUGAAGGAGCACAAAACCUCAAAAACAACAUCGUUUCCAUUUUUACUGGUGAUGAAGGUGUUGUUUCAGACCUUACCUUUGAUCCUAUGAAAGUUGUCACAGACACCGUUGAGGAAUUCUCUGACCGUAGGGACAUGUUUUUAGCAUAUCUCUCUAAUAUCUUGAUGGAGGAUAAAGAUGACACGCCGCAUGUGAUCAGGAGAAAAGGAGAAUUUCUGCCACCUAAGGAAAAAGUUGCAGAGAUACUGGUCAGGAAAAAGGAUGCGGCCUAUCAUAGUCUGAAAAGCAAGCUUUUGAAGGCGGAAAUUGCUAAAUGGGACAUGAGCGACGUUGAGGCUCCAGAGAUCAAGGAUCAAAGAAAGGGAUCUACAGUGGAGGAAGAUGAUGAUGUCAUCUUGGCAGAAUUACUGGAUAAACAGAGCGAUAAAGAUCCAGGAGAACUUAUGGAAGAUGUUGCUUACAUUCUGGAUGACAAGGAAGCAUCUGGACUAAAGGAAGAACAUCAGGAAUCUGACUCACCUGAAGCUGUAUUGGGUGAAGUCAUUGAGCACAGUGAAGUGGUAAUGGAGGUGAUUCAUGAGAUUGCACUUGAAAACCCAGUUAAGACUAGCAAGGCUUCUCUCACUGAUGAAGGAGGAGAAAAUGAGAAGACAGAUGAACACCAACCUCAAACAGAUUAUGCAUCUUCAGAGGUUGCAUUCAAGAAGACAGUUUAUAUUUAUAAUGUUGGCGAUGAGGUUCAGACAAUAAAAUCUAUGGCAACAAUGGAUGACGAAGACCAAACCAAUGUAGACACUUACUCAGAGGAUCUUAGUGAAGAGAAACCAGUUGAAAAUACUAAGGUUUCUGAAGUCAUUGGUGAUGAGGAACCAGCACAAUUACCUCAUAGUGCAAUCCACAAGACAGAUGAAGACCAAACUAAAGCUGGUUACACUUUCUUAGAGGCCACUAUUGAGGAGGAAUCUGUUGAUAUCACAGAUUCAAAUUCUGAGGAUAAUACUUUAAAACCUUCCAUGAAGAAAGAACAAGUUGUUUCUGGUGUCUGUGGUGAAGAAGAACCAGAAGGAAUACCUGAUGCUGUAAUAAAUGAGAGUGAUGAAGACCAAACUAAAACUAAAACCGGUGAUACAUUUUCAGAAACCACAACUAAGGAGGAAUCUUUUGCUUCCAAUUUUGAAAAAUUAAAAUCACCUGCAACCAAAAGCACAGAUGAAGACCAAGCCAAGACAACCGUACCUUUCUAUGAGACCAUGUUUGAAAUUGAAUCAGUUGAUGCUUCUUUUGUUGUUAAUGAAGAGAAACCAAUAAACUCAACACAAGUUCCUCCAAAAGACAAUGAAAAAGAAGAAAUUAAAACAGAUAUGGUUCUUCAGGAGUUAGCAACCAGCAAAUCAUCUCUUGGUGCUCAAAAUGGAGACAAAUAUAAUGUGGAACAUAAAGUAAAGGUAGAUGAGAUUAAGGAAGUAAAGGAGAAAGAUAAUGGUGAAGAUUCCCAAGAAAUAGAAUCAAAUGAUGACGUGGUCCAUGCUCAGAUUCAUACAGGAAACGAUGGUAUUCAGAGUGACGAUGAAAAUAAUAACAACAAUGAUAAAAAGAGACAUCCGGUUAACAGAGUUGACGUAAGGCAUGGAGCAAUGACCAAGGAAACCGGCGAUCAAGACGUCAAGCGUCAUGAAGCGAAUGAAAAAGUUCUGGAGCAAGAAAGAAUUGCCACUGAGAAAAAAGCUCGGGAGGAAGUAUACAAAGCCAUUCAGGAUAUGCGUGCUAAAAAGGUAGCAGAAGAAACAGAAAGGAAAUUUGAUAAAGAAAAAGAGAAGAUAAAAGAAAUGGUGAAACUAAAAGAAAAGCGUGAAGAGAACGUAAGCAAGAUUGCAGAACUCAAAGAGCCUGAAGACUAUGAUGAGAGGGUUAAUGUUACAGUUAAAGCUGCAAAUGUCACCAUAGAGAAAGUUGUGCCACUUGUUAUAAAGAGAGAACGUGAAGCUGCUCCAAAAGAAGAGGCCAAACCAAAACCUACACUAAAAGAGAAGGCAAAGCUUAAACCUGCUUCCAAAGAAAUGACAAAACAUGUACAUGCCACAAAAGAGCAGACAAGGACAGAACCUGCUCUACAAAAGAAGUCAAAACUUGAACCUGUUUCAAAAGAAAAGGUAAAAGAAGUCAAAAGCAAACCUACUCUGAAAGAAAAAGCCAAACCCAAAGAUGCUCAAAAACAGAAAAUAAAAGAUGAAUCUUUCCUGAAACAUGUUUCAAAAGAGAAAGCAAAACCAGAACCUCUUCCAAAAGAAAAGGCAAAACCUGAAACUAUUCCAAAAGAGAAGGCAAAAUUUAAGCCUGUUCCAAAAGAAAAGGCAAAACCUGAACCUGUUCCAAAAGAGAAGGCAAAACCUGAAAAUCUUCCAAAAAUGAAGGUAAAACCAGAACCUCUUCCAAAAGAGAAAGCAAAACCUGAACCAGCUCCAAAAGAGAAGGCAAAACCUGUAUCUGCUGCAAAGGAGAAGGCAAAACGUGAACCAGCUGCAAAAGAGAAGGCAAAACCAGAACAUGUUCCAAAGGAAAAGGCAAUACCUGAACCUCUUUCAAAAGAAAUAGCAAAACCAGAAACUAUUCCAAAAGUGAAGGCAAAACCUAAAACUCCUCCAAAAGAGAAGGCAAAACCUGAACCUUUUCCAAAAGAGAAGGCGAAAUCUGAACCUGUUCCAAAAGAGAAGGCAAAACCAGAACAUGUUUCAAAGGAAAAGGCAAAAACUGAACCUGUUAAAAAAGAGAAGGCAAAACCAGAACAUGUUCCAAAGGAAAAGGCAAAAACUGAACCUGUUCCAAAAGAGAAGGCAAAACCAGAACAUGUUCCAAAGGAAAAGACAAAAACUGAACCUGUUUCAAAAGAGAUAGCAAAACCUGAACCUGUUGCAAAAGAGAAGGGCAUAGCUGAACCUGUUCCAAAAGAGAAGCCAAAACCUGAACCUGUUCUGAAAGAGAAAGAAAGAUCUGAACCUGUUCCAAAAGAAAAGGUAAAACCUGAAGCUGUUCCAGAAGUGAAGGCAAAACCAGAACAUGUUCAAAAAGAAAAGGUAAAACCUGAAGCUGUUCCAGAAGAGAAGGCAAAACCAGAACAUGUUCAAAAAGAGAAGGCAACACCAGAACAUGUUUAUAAAGAGAAGGAAAUACCUGAACCUGUUGCGAAAGAGAAGAGAAAACCUGAACCAGUUCCAAAAGAGCAGGUAAAGCCUAAAGCUGCUCCAGAACAAAAGGCAAAACCAGAACCUGUUCCAAUAGAUAAGGCAAAACCUAAAGCUGCUCCAGAACAAAAGGCAAAACCAGAACCUGUUCCAAAAGAUAAGGCAAAACCUGAACCUGUUUCAAAAGAAAAGGUAAAAUAUGUACCUACUACAAAAGAGAAGACAAAACCUGAGGCUGUUUCAAAAGAGAAGGCAAAACCUGAAACUGUUCCAAAAGAGAAGGCAAAACCUGAAACUGUUCCAAAAGAGAAGGCAAAACCAGAACAUGCUCAAAAAGAGGAGGCAAAAGCUGAAGCUGUUCAAAAAGAGAAGGCAAAAGCUGAAGCUGUUCUAAAAGAGAAGGCAAAACCAGAACAUGUUCCAAAGGAAAAGGCAAAACCUGAACCUGUUCCAAAAGAAAUAGCAAAACCAGAAACUAUUCCAAAAGUGAAGGCAAAACCUGAAACUCCUCCAAAAGAGAAGGCAAAACCUGAAACUUUUCCAAAAGAGAAGGCAAAACCAGAACAUGUUCCAAAAGAAAAGGCAAAACUAGAACAGGCUCCAAAAGAAAAGGCAAAACCAGAACAUGUUCCAAAAGAGAAGGCAAAACCUGAAGCUCCACCAAAAGAGAAGGCAAAACCUGAACAAGCUCCAAAAGAGAAGGCAAAACCUGAAACUCCUGCAAAAGAGAAGGCAAAACCUGAAACUCCUGCAAAAGAGAAGGCAAAACCUGAAGCUCCUUCAAAAAAGAAGGCAAAACCUGAAACUCCUUCAAAAGAGAAGGCAAAAGCUGAAGCUGUUCUAAAAGAGAAGGCAAAACCUGUAUCUGCUGCAAAGGAGAAGACAAAACCUGAACCAGCUCCAAAAGAGAAGGCAAAACUUGAACCAGCUGCAAAAGAGAAGGCAAAACCAGAACAUGUUCCAAAGGAAAAGGCAAAACCAGAACAUGUUCCAAAAGAGAAGUUAAAACCUGAACCUGUUCUGAAAGAGAAGGCAAAACCAGAACAUGUUCCAAAAGAAAAGGCCAAACCAGAACAUGUUCCAAAAGAGAAGUUAAGACCUGAAACUGUUCUGAAAGAGAAGGCAAAACCAGAACAUGUUCCAAAAGAAAAGGCAAAACCCGAACAGGCUCCAAAAGAAAAGGCAAAACCAGAACAUGUUCCAAAAGAGAAGGCAAGACCUGAAGCUCCACCAAAAGAGAAGGCAAAACCUGAACAAGCUCCAAAAGAGAAGGCAAAACCUGAAACUCCUGCAAAAGAGAAGGCAAAACCUGAAGAUCCUUCAAAAAAGAAGGCAAAACCUGAAACUCCUUCAAAAGAGAAGGCAAAACCUGAAGCUCCUCCAAAAGAGAAGGCAAAACCUGAAAAAGCCCCCAAAAAGAAAGCAAAACCAGAAGCUGUUUCAAAAGAGAUGGCAAAACCUUUAUCUGCUGCAAAGGAGAAGGUAAAAGCUGAACCAGCUCCUAAAGAGAAGGCAAAACCAGAACAUGUUCCAAAAGAGACGGUAAAACCUGAACCUGAUCUAAAAGAGAAGGCAAAACCUGAACUCAAACCAGUUCUAAAAGAAAAAGUAAAGUCUGUAACUGUUCCAAAAGAGAAGGCAAAACCUGAACCUCCUCCAAAAGAGAAGGCAAAACCUGAACCUCCUUCAAAAGAGAAGGCAAAACCUGAACCUCCUUCAAAAGAGAAGGCAACACCUGAACCUCUUCCAAAAGAGAAGGCAAAACCUGAACCUCCUCCAAAAGAGAAGGCAAAACCUGAACCUCCUUCAAAAGAGAAGGCAACACCUGAACCUCCUCCAAAAGAGAAGGCAAAACCUGAAAUUGUUCCAAAAGAGAAGGCAAAACCAGAACCUGUUACAAAAGAGAAGGCAAAACCUUUAUCUGCUGCAAAGGAGAAGGUAAAAGCUGAACCAGCUCCAAAAGAGAAGGCAAAACCUGAACCUCCUACAAAAGAGAAGGCAAAACCUGAACCUCCUCCAAAAGAGAAGGAAAAACCAGAACAGGCUCCAAAAGAGAAGGUAAAACCUGAACCUGUUCCAAAAGAGAAGGCAAAACUUGAAAUCAAACCAGUUCCAAAGGAAAAGGUAAAGUUUGUAACUCUUCCUAAAGAGAAGGCAAAACCUGAAACUCCUGCAAAAGAGAAGGCAAAACCCGAAGCUCCUCCAAAAAAGAAGGCAACACCAGAACAUGUUCAAAAAGAGAAGGCAAAACCUGAACCUGUUGCAAAAGAGAAGGGAAAACCUGAACCUGUUCCAAAAGAGAAGGCAACACCAGAAUAUGUUGCAAAAGAGAAGGGAAAACCUGAACCUGUUCCAAAAGAGAAGGCAAAACCAGAACAUGUUGCAAAAGAGAAGGGAAAACCGGAACCUGUUCCAAAAGAGAAGGCAAAACCAGAAAAUGUUCAAAAAGAGAAGGCAACAUCAGAACAUGCUCAAAAAGAGAAGGCAAAACCUGAACCUGUUCCAAAAGAGAAGCCAAAACCUGAACCUGUUCCAAAACAUAAGGCAAAACUUGAACCUGUUCUGAAAGAGAAAGAAAGACCUGAACCUGUUCCAAAAGAAAAGGCAAAACCUGAAGCUGUUUCAGAAGAGAAGGCAAAACCAGAACAUGUUCUAAAAGAGAAGGCAACACCAGAACAUGUUCAUAAAGAGAAGGCAACACCAGAACAUGUUCAUAAAGAGAAGGCAACACCAGAACAUGUUCAUAAAGAGAAGGCAACACCAGAACAUGUUCAAAAAGAGAAGGCAACACCAGAACAUGCUCAAAAAGAGAAGGCAAAACUUGAACCUGUUGCAAAAGAGAAGUUAAAACCUGAGCCUGUUCCAAAAGAGAAGCCAAAACCUGAACCUGUUCCAAAACAUAAGGCAAAACGUGAACCUGUUCCAAAACAUAAGGCAAAACUUGAACCUGUUCCGAAAGAGAAAGAAAGACCUGAACCUGUUCCAAAAGAAAAGGCAAAACCUGAAGCUGUUUCAGAAGAGAAGGCAAAACCAGAACAUGUUCAUAAAGAGAAGGCAACACCAGAACAUGUUCAAAAAGAGAAGGCAAAACCCGAACCUAUUGCAAAAGAGAAGGUAAAACAUAAAGCUGCUCCAGAAAAAAAGGCAGAACCAGAACCUGUUCCAAUAUAUAAGGCAAAACCUGAAGCAGUUCCAAAAGAGCAUGCAAGACCAGAACAUGUUCCAAAGGAAAAGGUAAAACCAGAAACUGUUUCAAAAGAAAUGUCAAAGCCUUUAACUGUUGCAAAAGAUAAGGCAAAACCUGAACCUGUUCCAAAAGAGAAGGUAAAGCCUGUAAUUGCUCCAAAAGAAAAGGCAAAGUCUGUAAUUGCUCCAAAAGAGAAGGUAAAGCCUAAACCUGCUUCAGAAAAGAAGGCAAAAACAGAACCUGUUUUAAAAGAGAAGACUAAACUUGAACCUGCUCCAAUAGAAAAGUCAAAACCAGAAUAUAUUCCAAAAGAGAAGGCAAAAUCAGAACCUGCUCCAAAAGAGAAGGCAACACCUGAACCUUCUCAAAAAGAGAAGGCAAAACCUGAACCUCCUCCAAAACAGAAGACAAAACCAGAACCUGUUCCAAAACAUAAGGCAAAACCUGAAGCUGUUUUUAAAGAGCAGGCAAGACCAGAACCUGUUCCAAAAGAGAAGAUAAAACCAGAAUCUGUUUCAAAAGAAAAGGAAAAGCCUGUAACUGUUGCAAAAGAUAAGGCAAAACCAGAAUCUGUUUCAAAAGAGAAGGCAAAACCUGAACCUGUCCCUAAAGAAAAGACAAUACCAGUAUCUGCUCCAAUAGAAAAGGUAAAGCCUCUAAUUGCUCCAAAACCGAAGGCAAAGCCUGUAAUUGCUCCAAAAGAGAAAUCAAAACCUGAACCUGUUGUAAAAGAAAAGGCAAAACCUGAAACUGUUGUAAAAGAAAAGGCAAAACCUGAACCUGUUGUAAAAGAAACGGCAAAACCUGAAACUGUUGUAAAAGAAAGGGCAAAACCAGAACCUGUUGUAAAAGAAAAGGCAAAACCUGAACCUGUUGAAAAAGAAAAGGCAAAACCAGAACCUGUUGUAAAAGAAAAGGCAAAACCAGAACCUGUUGUAAAAGAAAAGGCAAAACCAGAGCCUGUUGUAAGAGAAAAGGCAAAACCAGAACCUGUUUCAAAAGAGAAGGUAAAACAUGUACCUACUACAAAAGAGAAGGCAAAACCUGAACCUGUUCCAAAAGAGAAGGCAAAACCUGAAUCAGUUCCGAAAGAAAAGGCAAAAUCUGAACUCAAACCAGUUCCAAAAGAAAAGGCAAAACCUGAAUAUGUUCCUGAAGAGAAAGCAAAACACGAACGUCUGCCUAAAGAGAAGACAAAACCUGAUCGUUUUAUAAAAGUGAAGGCAAAACCCGAACUUCCAAAAGUGAGGGCAAAACCUGAACCUUUACUAAAAGAGAAGGAAACAGCUGAACUUGUUCCAAAAUUGAAGGCAAAAUCCGAAACUGUUCCAAAGGAGAAGGCUAAACCCGAACCUGUUCCAAAAGAGAAGACAAAACCUGUACCUGCUCCAAAGGAGAAGGCUAAACCCAAACCUGUUCCAAAAGAGAAAACAAAACCUAUUCCUGCUCCAAAGGAGAUUGUAAAACAUAUACCUGCUCCAACAGAAAAGGCAAAAGCAGAACCUGUUUCAAAAGAGAAGUCCAAACCCAUACCUUUUCAUAGGAAAGGGGCUGAAUUGGCUAAAGAGGUGGUCCCAGUGAAGAAAGAGCCUGAAGUUGCCAAAAAGGCUAUACCAAUCACAGUGAAGAAAGAGCCGGAAGCCGCUAAAGAAACACUGAUCCCUGUGGUGUAUCCCAGUGCCAAAGAUAUCGCUGUGGAAGUAGAGCUUCUUAAAGCCAUCAACCAAAAGCUGUCCAUUCUGGAUAUACUGAGAAAAGACAUUGGUGAAAUAAGAACUGAUCUGGAGGUCACACAAAGCCAUAUCGAUCAAUUGAGGAUGGACAAUCGAACACUCAAAGCACCCAAGGAAUUCAAGGAAAAAGUAAAACCUGCAGUGAUGAAGAAAGGUACCUUGAGAGAAAAGCCUAAAAUAUCAACUGUGGUUAAAGGAAGGGAAGCUCUAAAAAACAUCACUAAAGCAGCCAGUGUGAAGAAAGAGCGGGUGUUGAAGAACAUUACUAGAGCAGUGUUUGGAAAGAAAGAACAAGCUCCAAAAGAAAUUGUCCAAAAGGACGGGCUUCAACAUAAAAAGAAAGAAAAAGCCCCUGAGAUCACAUUUCCUGAAGAGAAAGAAAUAAAAGUAGAUGAGCCUGUGGUGACCAAAGCUCCUGAACCAGCAGAAGAGGAAGAAGUCCCAUACUUCCAAUGUUUCUACGUGGACGAAUAUGACAUCCAGUAUCCCUUCUUCCCAUUUUCACCACCUUUCUUAUGAAGGUCACCAGCAUCAGGUUGUGUGAAAUGUUGACAUCUAUGAUACAUACAUUAACCUUCAAAGGUUACUGAUACACUAUUGGUCCUCAACGCCGAAAUCGAGGAAGUCGGGGACAAUUACUGUUAAUGAGCUUUCAAAACCGGGACAAUACAAGCAAUUCCAUUUACUGUCUAAGUGUGUGUCUUGUUCUAGAUAUGUUUAUGCUACUGUAGAUUUGUUUAGCCUAGUUUUUAUUUAAGUCAUAGUAUAUUAUAGAAGCAGUUCAGGUUUGUACUCUCUUUUUCAUGUUUUGUACACUGAAUGUAAAUCUUACAAGGAAUGGCAGAAAUGUGUGUCCGUGAAAGCUCUGACAGGCGACGAAGAAAACAAGCACUCGUCCGAUCACAGAAAAUGUUUGUAAACGUUUUAAACGUGUUAAGAGACGAGGUUUUAAACCUACACCUGAAUAUGCAAUGGUACUUGUGCCUCAUUUUGAUAGAGUGCUGAUUCAAAGCAUUCUACUUACGGUUAAUCAAAAUGAUGGAUGAAAUAGAUUUCCUAUCACGAUGUAACAAAAAACUUCACAGAAAUCGAAGUUUAUGCAGAAACUAAAGGAACACUAUGAAGGUAUGCAGUAUCUUAAGGCUGGAUUUGUGGGCUGUGAAGUUUCCUGUAUAUAUUGCUCAUUCUAUGCUUUUCAGUUCAGUAUAUCUGCAAAUACUGAAUGACUUUUCCAACCUAAUAUUUGUAGCUGGAUUUCAUAAUAUUUAAGUAACCAAAGCUACAAGCACUAAUUCCAUCAUCCCUAUUCUUAGCUAGUCAGAACUUUAUCUGUGGAAACUCUCAAAGGCAUGCGAUAAUGGGACCUUGAUGUUAAAUUAUUCCUUCAUCCUUUAAGGAAAGAUAAUGCAUUUAUGAGGUCAUCCAAUGCCAUCAGUAUUUAUUUAAUCACUAAACUGUGAUUAGAGGAAUGGCAUAGUAACUAGUGUUUACAUGAUCAUUAAAAUAUGAUGCGUUAGAAAUAUGUCAAGUUAGAAAUGUGUAAACAUUAAGGAAUAGAUUAAGGAAUAAAACCUGACACAACAUGUUGUUAUGGUAAUUUAAUGGAUGAUGUGUUGGUGUGAAGCAGCCCAACAUACUGUAAAGCACAGUCACGACACGAUCCUGAUUUAUACAAAAACAAAUUGUCAACAAAUACAUUUUUAAAAUGAUCUCUUUACAGUAUGUUGUACUUUUUAAUUGUUUUUAGUUACAUUUAAUGCCAGUUAGUUAGUUAGUUUGUUCCAUUAAACAGCUGUAAACAUCUGGUUACAUUUUCUGUAACAAGGAUUGACAUUUUACUAAUAAACUAAAAAGGUCUCGAGGACCUGAGGACGUUCUUGUGAUGGAAAACUUAAAGUUGCAAUUUGUUACUACAGAAAUAUUAACGUAUUAGGACGAACGUGUCGAUAUAAACGUAGUUUAAAGCUAGAAAUAUAGUCAGGACUGACUGCUGUAAUAAAAAAUAAAUCAACACCUUCUGACCAAUCAGAACUGAGAAUUCAACAGCGCUGUGGUGGAACGUACAAUCUCAACUCCACCCAUGACUCUCAAUUUUGUGUUUUGAAACACAGUCCUGGCUUAUCCUGGCUGGAUUGAGUACGUCUUGUAAAUCUUUGCUAAUUCACUAUUUCCAAGAAUAUCUACAGACCUAUCUGUACUUUACUUUGUAGAUAUGAACUGAGUUUGAUGCUUACAAGAAUAAGCCUUUUGUAUUUGCAUGAUAUUACUCAAAAGAAUAACUUACAUCAGUUUAACUGACCAAAGAUGAUUAUUAUUGACGCAAUUGCAGACAGUUUUGAGAAUUUUGGGCCAACAGUUCCAGGUAUCUUGUUUUGAUGAAUAUUGGUGCUUUAAAACCAAUAUGUUUGAUAAUACUUUGGUCCAAAUUGAACAUAAAGAUGAUGUUCAGCUUGGAAUGAGUCCAUGUAUCUUAAACAUAGUCUAAUUAUAAUCUUUUGAGAAAUGUUCCUUUAACUGCGUACAUUAUUUAUUUAUGUAAUAUUUAAUAUUCUAGCACAAUCACAGGCUGAUUAUAACAAAUCGGACUCUUCUUUCAUUACAACUCACAGAUUUUACUCUAGAGUAAAAAAAACGGUUGAGAGUUAAGUCUAAGAAGAGCCGAGAAUUUUGCAGAAUAUAAAUAAUGACUGAUUAGAUCAUUAUUAAAUGUUUUAUAAAUGGCAAAUCCGAAAAUCUCGUAAAGAUCUUGCCAGCACAUUUGACUAAAUAUGUCAGUCUUAUCUACUUUAAGGUAAACUGUGCUUGAUUCAGAUGACUUUUUAAACUGAAUCAAACCUCAUGUUUACUGAGACUUUUUCAUUCUUUUAUUAUUUACUUGAGAAAAUCUGUCACAUAUCAUGACUUAAAAGAUCAUUUUUGCUGUAUAGUUAUUUUAAACAGCUUCAUACACAAAUUUUGUGUUCAAUAAAACAAGCUCAUUAUAUAAAAUGCUUGUUUUGAAAGCUGGUAGAUGUUUUAUGAGAUGUUGAUGAGAACUCUAAAGAAGGUGACAAUGGUGUUGUAUAUAGAAGAAAUACAGCGCAUGUUUUCAGGCAUGGUGCUACUCACACCAGCUUGGUUUAAAUUGUUCAAAUUGUCUACAAAUGUUGUAUAUUGCAUAACAAUUGGCAUCUGUAUUUCUAUUUCUUUUUUGUUCAGAUUCUCAGCCGAAAUGCAUGAGGUGUGUUUUCUGCUUUGUGUAAAACUGCAUCUAAAAUCCUGGCUGAUAAAAUGAACAAGUAUGUGAGUGAGGUUUUUUGUUUGUUUGUUGCUUGGUUGGUUGGUUUUACCCCAGCGGUUGUCAAAUUGACAUCCGGGGACCUCUAGGGGGAGUAGAAAAUUCACAAUUCUGAAAAUCACAAAUCUACUUUGAAUAAAUGUUUAUGAAUACUCUGA